UUUGUAAAAAGAAGCAUCGACCUGCCCUGUCACCAUAAAUUUCUUCUCUCACAAAGUUUUUCUGAUGCAAUAAUUUAUUUCCGUGUAAAUUAUUUUAAAACAAAAUUACACAAAUUAUAAAUUGAUUAAGCGAAUAAAUCAAUUUCAUCAUGGAUAUUGAAGAUGCGAAUUUCGAUAUUACUUUGUUGAAAAAGAAAAAGAAGAAGAAGGGAUUCGAUUUGGAUGCAGCUCUCGGUAUCGAAGACAGCGCUAAAAAGCCAACUGAAGGUGCUGUUGAAGAAGAAGCAGAGGAAGCUUUGCCAAAUGACGCCGAAGAUCUUUUGGACUUAGACAGCUUUGGCAAGAAAAAAAAGAAGAAGAAGAAGCCUUUCAAUCUGGAAGAACUUGAUGUGGCACUUCUUGAAACAGAAUCCCAAGAAACUGUCGACGAUUUGGAUAUGGACUUCUCAAAGACCACAAAGAAGAAGAAAAAGAAGAAGGUUGAACUCGAUGAACUGGUUGCUGAAAACAAGAACGAAGAAAAGGGCGAUGACAAAGAAAAUGUCGAUGAAAACAGUUCAUCAUGGGCUGGCUCCGAUCGUGAUUACACAUACGAUGAAUUGCUUAAGAGAGUUUUCGAAAUAAUUCUGGACAAAAAUCCAGAUAUGGCUGCUGGACGCAAACCCAAAUUCGUUAUGAGACCACCACAAGUACUCCGUGUUGGCACCAAAAAAACAUCAUUUGCAAACUUUUUGGACAUUAGCAAGACCCUGCACAGACAGCCGAAACAUUUACUUGACUUUUUACUAGCUGAAUUGGGUACAAGUGGUUCAUUGGAUGGUAACAAUCAACUCAUCAUCAAGGGUCGUUUCCAACCUAAACAAAUCGAAAACGUACUCCGUCGAUACAUUAAAGAAUAUGUAACGUGCCACACCUGUCGUUCAGCCGAAACAAUCCUCCAAAAGGAUACACGUUUAUUCUUUCUUCAAUGCGAAUCUUGUGGAUCAAGGUGUUCGGUGGCUAGUAUCAAGUCUGGUUUCCAGGCUGUAACUGGAAAACGUGCUGCCAUCAGAGCGAAAACCACUUAAAAUCCUUCAUCAUCGUAGUUUUUUUUAACCGUUGGCAUUGGGCAAUUGUUUCGACAGUUAACUAUAUAUAUUUUAAAGUAAAAUUUAUGUAAAUUUUUAAUCGAAUUUACAAAUUUUAAUAAACAAAAUGAAUGCAACUUA